UUUAAUUUAGUAUGUGACCGAGCUAAUUUCGCAUCAUUUUCGCAAACAUUAUAUAUGUUGGGGUACGUCAUAUCGGGACUGGUAUUCUCUCAUUAUUCAGAUAAAUACGGCCGAAGACCUAUUGUUUGGCUGGGAUUCACAAUAGAGUUGACGGGCAUAUUGUUGUGUGCCGUCUCACCUAAUAUUUAUUUCUACUCAAUCGCCCGAUUUCUGGUAGGAAUGGGUAGUUCUGGCAGGGAAAUGGCUAUCUAUAUAAUGUGCAAAUUUGGAGUGAAUAGUGCCUGGAAUGUGAUAUCAGUACACGGCUCCGAGCUCUACCCCACAGUCUUGAGGGUAAGGGGACUGGGUGUCGCGUCUGUCAUCGGAAGGAUUGGAUCCAUUAGCGCACCCUUUAUGAAAAAUUUGGCGGCCACUACUGGAUUAUCACUGGUUAUGACACUGUAUGGUACCCUCACAUGUGUCGGCGCCGUUUUGGGACUAUUUCUUCCCGAAACAAAGGGACGAGAAAUUCCUGAUACUAUAGAAGAGGCAGAAAAU